CUUUUUCCAUCUUUCUCCAAUAUUAAUUAUUAUUUAUUAAUAAUUUAUCCAACUCUUUAUUGUUAUCUUAAGGUUGUUAGUGGUUAAGUUUUUGAGUUCUCCAGUAUUAAGAAUUUUUUAAAGAUUCUAGACAAUGGCAGAGAGGGGUGGAUUUGGAAGUGGAUUUGGUCGUGGCAGGGGUCGUCGUUCGAAUCGUAAUAAGCCACCGGAGGACGAUUUUAAGUCCUGGGUUCCAGUGACUAAGUUGGGCCGUUUAGUCCACGCAGGUUUAAUCACUUCAAUGGAGCAGAUUUACCUCCACAGUAUCCCAGUGAAGGAGUUUCAAAUUGUAGACUACUUCUUCCAGCCGGAAAGAAGUGAGCAUAAGCUCGUAGACGACGUGGUGAAAAUUGUACCAGUACAGAAGCAAACUAAUGCUGGACAGAGGACUCGUUUUAAAGCGUUUGUAGCUGUUGGAGACUGUAACGGUCACGUAGGUCUGGGAAGUAAAUGCGCUAAAGAAGUUGCUACAGCUAUUAGAGGCGCUAUCAUCUCUGCUAAACUAUCACUAGUCCCCGUCAGGAUGGGAUAUUGGGGAAAUAUGAUUGGAGAUCCGCAUACGGUGCCGAUGAAAGUGUCUGGAAAGUGUGGUUCAGUAAGGGUUAGACUGGUCCCAGCACCAAGAGGUACACAAAUCGUAGGCGCACCUACAACUAAGAAAUUGCUACAGUUUGCCGGGAUCAAGGACUGUUUUAGCACUAGCAAAGGCUCAACAAAGACCAGAGGUAAUUUUCUCAAAGCUGUUUUCGCAGCCUUAAAGAGCACCUACGGAUAUCUCACACCUGAUCUCUGGGCCAAAGUUAAACUACAACCUUCCAUUUACGAAGAGUUCUCCUCCUUCCUCUUAACCAAAUAAUAUAUUAUAUUAUUAA